AUGCCGAAGGUCAAGCUCCCGCGGACGAUCCGCGACCUCGCGAAGAAGGCGAACGGCGACUGCGGGGAGGCGGCGCUCAGGCUCUUCCUGCACUACCGCGACGGGACCGGCGGCGUGGAGAAAAACGACGAGCUCUUUCGCCAGUGGCUCACGAGGGCCGCGGAGCUCGGAGACGCCAACGCGCAGUACAACCUCGGCCUGCGGCACUACAUAGAACGUGAUUACGACGCCGCGAGCGAGUGGUACUUGAAGGCUGCGGCGCAGAAUCACACCGGCGCCAUGAACUACCUCGGGUGGCUCUACUACGAAGGCCUCGGCGUGGAGAAAAACAAGGCGACGGCGGCUCAGUGGUUUCUGGGGGUCGCGUUGAAAGGUAACGCGGACGCCCAAAACAGGUACGAGGUUUAUCUCCUCCACGAUUUGCACGAGUACGUGGAGGCGAUGAAGUGGUUCGAGAGAGCCGCGGAGCAAGGCCACUCGCUAGCGAUGAGCAACAUCGCGUUGAACUACUGCCUCGGCCAAGGCGUCGAGCCAGACGUCGUGAAAGCGCAGGAGUGGCUCACGAAAGCCGCCGAACAUGGGGAC